AUGGAUUUCUCUCAGUUAUCUGAGGAAAAUUAUGACAUUGAGCUCUCUAAAAAUACCAAGCCUUCUCGCGAGGCACAACGUCGGUUGAACCCUAACAUGAAAGAAGUUGUAAUGAAGGAGGUUGUGAAGCUAUUAGAUGCGGGCAUGAUUUACCCCAUCUCUGACAGUAAAUGGGUGAAUGCCCCAUUCGUCUUUGAUGAUAAAUGCUGUCAUGCAUUCCAGACUCUGAAAACGGCUCUGACAUCCGUGCCAAUCAUCCAGCCACCAAACUGGAAUGUGCCUUUCGAGAUAAUGUGUGAUGCUUCAGAUUAUGCAAUUGGUGCUGUUUUGGGGCAGCGUUUUGACAAACUCCCACAUGUCAUUUACUACACCAAAUUUGACAUUGAAAUUCGGGACAAAAAGGGUUCCAAAAAUUUGGUAGCUGACCAUUUGUCUCGGCUGAUCGUGGACUACAACGAGGAUACUUUGCCCAUUGUUGAGACAUUCCCUGAUGAGCAGCUCAUGCACAUUGCUCAAAUCUCUGUACCUUGGUUUGUGGAUAUCGUUAAUUAUCUUGUCACUGGCCAAAUGCCCUUGCAUUGGACUAAGCAAGAUAGACUUAAGUUAUUGACCAGGGUGAAACAUUUCUUUUGGGACGACCCAUACUUGUUUAAGUAUUGUCCCGAUCAAAUUAUUAGGAGAUGUAUUCCUGACAGUGACCAAACUAGUGUCAUCUCCUUUUGUCAUGACCAUGCUUUCGCGGUUGAUUACGUGUCUAAGUGGGUGGAAGCAAAGGCGUGCAAAACAAAUGACCACAAGGUUGUGGUCCAAUUCUUGAAGGAUAAUAUUUUUGCUCGUUUUGGUACUCCACGGGCUAUCAUUAGUGAUGGAGGCAAGCAUUUUUGCAAUAGGGUUUUCGACCUUCUCAUGAAGAAAUACAGGAUAACCCAUAAGGUUUCCACCGCCUACCAUCCUCAAACAAGCGGUCAAGUGGAAGUAUCUAAUCGGGAGAUCAAGAGCAUCCUGGAAAAGACAGUGAAUCCCACAAGAAAAUAUUGGUCAAUGAGAUUAAAUGAUGCACUGUGGGCAUAUCGGACUGCUUUCAAGACUCCCAUUGGUAUGUCCCCAUACCGCCUUAUUUUUGGAAAAGCCUGCCACCUCCCAGUGGAGCUGCAACACAAUGCAUAUUGGGCCAUCAAACGGCUUAAUUUUGAUCUCCACGAGGCGGGUUCUCAGAGGAAACUCCAGCUUGAUGAGUUGGAGGAAAUUCGGAAUGAUGCGUACGACUGUGCGAAGCUCUACAAGGAUAAAAUGAAGAAGAUUCAUGAUCAACAAAUUUUGAGAAAAUCCUUUGAAAUUGGUCAAAAAGUUCUUCUCUAUAAUUCUCGUUUGCAUCUUUUCCCGGGAAAACUCAAAUCUCGAUGGACCGGACCGUUUAUCGUUCGUACCAUUUCGACCCACGGAGCCAUCGAGAUUGAGGAUCCCAAGAACGGUAAUACAUUCAAAGUAAAUGGCCAAAGGUUGAAACCGUUCUUGGAAUUGAAAAAUCCAGAAGUAGAGGAAAUGCUACUGGACGACCCCGUUUAUCACGGCUGAUUGGGGGACGGUCGGGCUAACGACGUUAAACUUAGCGCUUGGUGGGAGGCAACCCAUCGAUUUAGUUGAUUGUGUUUGUUUACAUUCAGUUCAUUUUCUUUAUUUUCGGUAGUUGUUUUUAUUUACUAACACUCCAUCCAUGCAUUUCAUGAUGCCUAGUCCAUUAUACGGCUGGAGCAGUGUUGUGUUUUUCAGGACAGAUGCACCUACAUCCAAGUUUGGGGGAGUUCGAUUCGCCCCAUCUUUUCCUUCUCUCCCGGUAAUGUAUCUCUAUUCACACAUUGGGGACAAUGUGUCAUUCAAGUUUGGGGGUAAGGAAUGUCCUUUUGUUUAUACGCUUUGUUUUGAAA